GCACAUAUUUUUCUAUAAAAAGCAACCAUCUUCAAGUGUUUCAUUUCACAAGUGGUGUUGUUCUUGCACUCCAUAUUGAGAUGGCAACUGCUAAGAGAGUGUUAUACGUGUUUCUGGCGGCAUUUCUGUGGGUAAAUGCUCAACAUGCAUUUGUAAGCUGUGCUUUGACAUCAGAGUUGCAUAGCAAAAUCGCUAAAGUAAAGCAAAAGGGACCUUAUCUUGGUUUAAUCAUACCAAAUGCUUUUGAACUUGACCCUCUUCUUAAGAAUCCAGGCUACACUGCUACUGGCACCAUCAUAGACAUCGAUGGAAGAAGAUUUCGUUUUGGAUCCAUUGGCGACAAGCCAGUUAUACUGGUUAUGACAGGACUGAGCGUGAUAAAUGCAGCUAUCACUACUCAGCUUUUGUUGAGUUUUUUCAACGUAGAUGGAGUGGUGCAUUACGGCAUUGCUGGAAAUGCUAACCCCUCUUUGCAUAUUGGAGAUGUAGCCAUUCCCGAAUCUUGGGCUCAUUUAGCUCUUUGGAGUUGGCAGAGGCAUGGGCAAGGGCCUCACGAUGUAUUACCUUUAGAAGAUAAUGGAGACUACACGAGGGAAUUAGGGUUCUUAAAUUUCGCAGAAUUCACCUCAAACGUGAGUUCAGACAGUCCAGUAGACAAUCAACUCAACAACAUCUGGUACCAACCAGAGGAGAUUUUCCCCAUUGAUGGCACUCCCGAAGAAAGACAACAUGCCUUUUGGGUUCCUGUUGAUUCCAAGUACUACUCUAUUGCAAGCAAAUUGAAGGAUUUGGUGCUAGAAGGGUGCAUAAACUCGACGACAUGCUUGGCAACGAAACCAGAAGUGGCGCUUGUGAACAGAGGAAUAAGCCAAGGCAUCUACUUAGACAAUGCAGCAUAUAGGAGUUUCAUACACAAGAAAUUCGAUGUGAGCCCAGUGGACAUGGAGAGUGCAUCGGUGGCACUUAUAUGCUUACAACAGAGGAUACCAUUCAUCGCUAUUAGGGCUCUCUCAGACUUAGCCGGUGGUGGCUCUGCUGAGUCCAACGAGGCUGAUACCUUCCUCUCACUCGCUGCCACUAACUCUGUCACUGUAGUCAUUGAAUUCGUCAAACUCUUAUCACUCCACUCCAAGUGGUGGUCUCUGUAAUUCCAUGCACGCUGCUGCUCUCCUCUUGUUCACACUUUCCCAAUAAAAAGAAUC